AGUGACGACGUGGCAGUUGCCACAUCGACAGCAGAUUUCAUGUCUGAAUGAGCGUUUUGUGUAACUGUACUAUGGGUCAACUGUAUGCCAAGCUUGUUCGUGUAGCAAGAAAGUCUGGAGUAAGUCCAUUUGCUGCAACUGAUCAUGAUUUCUGUCAAGUUCUUCCUCCUGAACUGUCACUUCACAUUCUCUCCAAUUUGAGUGCCACUGACCUCUGCCUGGCUAGUUGUGUAAAUGAUUAUUGGGACGCAAUGGCUAGUGACAAUUUCCUGUGGAAAAAUUUGUGCAAGAGCACGUGGAGAAAAGUAACAGCGUACAAAUCAAGGCCACAGAAGUCAUAUAAACAGCUGUACUUGGUACUGGAUGAAGGGUCUUGUCUUUUCAACAUCGAUGCUGAGAGGGGUAUCAACUACCUUACAGCAAUGGGAGCACUGGACAAUGACCCAUCUACUAUUGCUGCUUUUUUACAUAACACUAAUGUCCUCAAUUCACAGCAAGUGUUUUUGUAUCUUGCCAAGAGAAGAGAUAUUUUGUCUGCACUGAUUCAUCUUCAUGAUUAUGGAAAUAUGUUUUUGCCUGAAGCACUUAGGUAUUUCUUUUGGCACAUUCCUGCUCCCAGGGAGCGUGGCGGUCUUCUAGAGUUCAUGUUGAAUCAAUUCUCACACCAGUUUUGUAUCUGUAAUCCUCAUUGUCAGUUGAAUCACGAUACUGUGUAUGUCAUUUGCUACUCUCUCAUCCUUCUGGCUGUUGACUUGGCAAGCCCUCAUGUCAAGAACAAGAUGUCUAAACGAGAAUUUAUACGAAAUCUGAGGCAUGCAGCUUAUCAAGGAUCUGAUGAGUACUUUGGACAUUUGUAUGACAAUAUCUAUUUAGCUGGCCACGUAGCACCAUUCAACUAUUGACACUUUCUGCUGACUUGUCGUUGAUAACUGUAGAAAUCUAUUUAUACAUAAUAGUAUGAUACCAAUGC